AUGUUCAAGUUUGGUACAAAUUUACAUCCUCGUUUAGGUAGUAUGGCAGAUAUUCUUGGACAAUUUUUCGGUGGUGACUCGCCUUUCGGUGGUCAUCCAUUUGGUGGUCAUCCUUUUGGAGGUUUAUUCGGUCAUUCUACAAUGGGCGGAGGACGAAAUCGACGACGUAAAGGCGACGAUAUCGCACACCCACUCAAAGUAACACUCGAACAAUUAUAUAAAGGCGACACACAUACACUUGAAAUAUCUCGUAAAGUUAUUUGUUCAACAUGUAAUGGUGCCGGUGGUCGUGAGGGUGCUAAGCAAACAUGUACAACAUGUCGUGGUCAUGGUAUACAGAUAAUAACAAGACAAAUAGGUCCAAAUAUGAUGCAGCGAAUGCAACAAGUAUGCAAAGAUUGUAGUGGUGAAGGUGAAAUAAUUAACGAACGUGAUCGUUGUAAAAAUUGUCAGGGUAAAAAGACAGUUGAUCAAAAGAAAAAUCUUGAAGUUGUUAUAUCACCCGGUAGUAGACAUGAACAACAACUUCGUUUUCCAGGUGAAAGUGAUCAAGCACCAAAUAUGGAACCUGGAGAUGUUAUUGUUGUUUUACAACAAGAACCACAUGCCCUUUUUCAACGUAGUGGAGAUAAUCUUAUUAUGAAACAUAAAAUAAAUUUAGUUGAAUCAUUAUGUGGUUUUCAACUUGUAAUAACACAUUUAGAUGGAAGAAAAGUUGUUUUAAAACAUCCACCUAAUGAUCCUAUUGCACCAGAAACAUUUCGAUGUGUAAAAGGACAAGGGAUGAUUAAUAUGCGAACACAUGAUACAGGAGAUUUAAUUAUUCAAUUUGAUGUUGAAUUUCCUUCAGAAAAACAUCUUACUGAUCCUCAUGUACUCAAGAAACUUGAAUCAAUUCUACCAAAACGUCCACACGUUGAAAUUCCAAAAGGUGAACAUGUUGAAGACGUACAUAUGAUUGAUUUUCAUACAACAAAAUCAGCACAUGAUGAUCGACGUGGUAAUCGUCGAGAAGCAUACGAAGCUGGUGAUUCAGAUGAUGAAGGUGGUCAUCAAGGUGUUCACACAUGCAGAUCUCAAUAA